AUGCCUAACUCAGCUUCAAAACCACCUCUCCCACUCAGACAAUACUUUGCUCUUCAAUCCUACCUCUCCACCCUUCUUCUCCUCUCCGUGCUAUUCCUCCCUCGCAGUUCACAUUCCUUCUUUAACCCCACAGAUCUCCCUCUACAACGUUCAUCCGCCGAUCGACCCGAACAUCCAUUCUUGACCCCUCUGACCGUCUCACCUAGACGGACGAUGUUAUGGAUAUUAGCUGGAAUGACGAUAUGUAUGUUAUGGUGGGGACAUCAUUUACGUACUUGGGUCAAUAGGUCAAAAACGAAAUCAAAAGGUACAUCUGGGGAAGUGAAAAGUUCAUCAAACGGUGGACAUGGGAAUGGCGAGAAAAGUAAGAAUACGAAACGUAUAAAAGAAGCUUUCUCAUCUACCGUCGUGGGAAGUGCGGUCAUUAUGAUUUUGUUAUUAAUACUUGGUUCUCCUAUGGAUAGUCAUCUAAUCGAAACGUAUUUACUUUCCUUACAUCUCUCCUGUCUCCUCGUUUGGCCCAUCGUACACUCUAUGGGCAUUCCAUCAAUGUACGAUCCAGGUAUUCUUCAUCGAUAUCAAUAUACAAAGUUAUUUUCGUAUCUUGAUCCUGAAACACCCGUAGAUAGAGCUUUACUUUACCCUGCUCUGGGAACUAUGGUAGGAGCUUGGAUAGGUGCUUUGCCUCUUCCAUUAGAUUGGGACAGACCGUGGCAAAGCUACCCUUUGACUCUGGCUUUCGGUAGUGUACUCGGUUUCAUCAUAGGCGGUUGGGUCUCUUUCCUUCACUCAGCCACCCGAUCUCUUGUACAACAAGUCCAAUCUGAGAAAUUAUAA